AUGGAAAGGCCUUUAGAAGACAUAAUAGUUUUUGCAUAUACUAGAGGAGAUUUCCUUCCACCUUUCAACAAUCCUGCUCAGGAGUCAAUGAAACCAGGUGAGGGAGGAAAACCAUCUGGAGAACUUUUAGAUUUAAUCAACAGAGACUUUGGUUCUUUCAAAGAAUUUGUUAAAGAGUUCAAGAUAGCUGUGGUAACACAAUUUGGCUCCAGUUUGGCGUGGCUUACAAAACAAAUAGAUUGGACGUACGAAAUGCAGAAAUCCACGCCCAUCGAUGAGGACAAGAAGCUUGUAGUAGUGAAGCGUCCCAAUGCCAUAAAUCCUCUUGUUUGGGAUUACUUUCCACUACUUACCGUAGACGUUUGGGAGCAUGCUUACUCCAUCGACUAUGAGGUGAGUAGUGACUUUCUUCAUGUUAGCAACACUCAAGUCUCAUGCUUGUUUCUUGGAUUGGAAGCAGUGAGUUCCAGGCUUGAAUCUGCCAAGGCUGAGGCCACAGAGGGAAUGAGAAGAAGAGAAAGAAAAAGAGGAAGAAGAAUAUGCAACAGCAAAUUCUGA